AUGUCUGAGUCUGCCGACCUGCGUAUUGCUUCCAAGCGAGCCUAUUACGACAACAACAAGCCAUAUGGGGAGUCCGAAACCAUCACCCUGUACAUCUACAAUGCCGGACCUGAUCGAGCUGUGGCUCCUACCGUCAAAGCCGGCUACUCCUAUUCUAUGAACUAUGAACAAGUCACAACUAGCCUCCGUCAGGCACAGGAGUGGGGUCAACCAUCUGAAGUCAUCACCAUUCCUGGGUCUCUUACUUGGGCCGACCUGCCCAAUCCGUCCAGUCACUACGAGGGGUGGGACAUGUUGACCACUCUACCUGAUGUUCCAGGCGGCACACUCAUGGAGCUCAACUUGUCAUUUCCUAUGCUACACCAGUCCUCCAAUGCCGAUUAUACGAUGAAGGCGUCGGUGUCGUCCUCCACUGACGAUCCGCAGCCGGGCAAUAACUCGACGACAUAUAUCAUCACCCCCAACCACCACGACGACGGUCCAGACUACUGGAACACUCCCGGCGACGUCUCCAACCUGGACUUUAAGGGCUUGACUGCCGUUGUGCCACUUUCGCAGGCAGAUCUGCGGGUUGCCUCUGCCCGGGCCUACUACAAUAACGACUUACCCUAUGGGGAGAGCGAGACGUUGACGUUCUUCAUUUUUAACGCUGGGCCAACCAUUGCUACCCAGUCUCUACUAAAGGCGGGCUAUACGUGGUCGAUGGACUACAGCAAGGUGUCCUGCAGCGGUGGUCAGGUAUGGGUGCCUGAUGGCACCAAUCCUUCGCCGAGUCUAGACGUCUACGAGUGGCAGCCGCUGGAUGACUUGAGCUGCCGUAUUGCGGACUGGGAUGUCAUCUGCGCCAUGCCCAACAUCCCGCCCAGCGUGUUAUACCGUAUUGAGAUCGUUUUCCCAAUGACCCAUGACACUUCAUACAAGGAUUAUACCGCCACCGCAUCUGUUUCCUCUGACGCUGCGAUGCUCAAUCCCAGCAGCACUUCCACGACGUACAUCAUCACCCCCAAUCAUGUCAACGAUGGUGAGGAGUACUGGAAAACCCCAGGGAACAUCUCCCAGCUGGACGGUUCCUCCACUCCCAACGGGCGCCGGCAGAUCCCGCUGGGCGACCUUGAGGGAGAGAUCACCAAGACGCAACUUAUGAGCUAUGACCUCGGGCAGAGAACUUUGUUGCCCAAGAUGGCCGCCGACGUCGAAUACGGCACCUCGUCCGCAUUCACUGUCGUGUCCUUCUCCACAGAUGGAAAGACGCAACUGUCCUAUCGUGCCCACCCGGACACGAUGUUGUACCUGUAUCCCCAGACUGUCAAAGUAGGCCAGGACCAGCUGCGUAUUGGCUACUGGCUCCCGGUGCGGAUGCUCUGGGUGGGUGCCAAGGUGAGAGGGAUGAGCGCCAACGGCUCCGAGACAGAAGUAUAUGUGACCAACAUCCACCAGACCGAGGGAGCGGAGAUCCGCAGCGCCGAGCCGCACAUGGUGAGCCAGAGCCACAGCUACGUGGUCGGGACCGAGGCCGCGGGCGGCGUCCUCGUGCAUAACCCGAAGGAUGACCAGCGCUGUGGCAACGCCAACGUCGCCGCCAUCCUGCUCGCCGUCGCGAUGAUUGCAAGCGACCUGGUCGCGACGACGACGCCGGCGCCAGACGAGACGGAUCAACCGCACGGCUAUAGGCUCCGGCACAGACGCACUACAGACCCGCCCCUGCCGCCGCCCCCGGCCGAGCCGCCCAUCCUGCCCGCAGACGUGCCCCGGCGCGACGAAGACGGCAACUGGCUGAUCUACCUGUACGAGGAAGACACCCCAGGGGCAGUAGAGAACGCCCGCUUCGCGGUGAACGAGUCCACAGGGCAGUACCAGUCGCAGAGGGAGCUCCUCCAGCUCACUACCCAGGAGCUUGGGGGAGGGUCUGGCAGUACAGGGCAGCUCGAUCGCGACGAGUACCCGCCGGCCAUCGCUCACGAGGGGGGCGCUGGUGCCGUCGUCACGUAUAUCGAGGCCGGAGACAACCGCAGGGCCGGUAGCCUGAUGGGCCAGCAGUUCAACAACUACCGCAUGGACCCGCAGCCCGAUGGGCAUCGGCCACUCCAGCAGGGGGACACGUUCCGGUUUGCUAUCAUCCACAGGAAUAUGGCCGGCGUCGAGUACCUAGGAGACGACCUCAGUACCGAGUCGCAGAUUGAGCGCCCACCUACAGACUGA